AUGGACUUUACUUUCUUGCUGGCAGCUGGUGCGGGGUUAUGGUUCGGAAUUUGGUUUGGGAAUAGUGUCGAUAGCGCACUGAUGUUUUUGAUUGUCACUAAGCCCUCGAGGCCUUUUCUGCUCCUCACACCACCCCGUCAGCAACUUAGGCAGCACGUGUACAGAACGCUUUAUCUCCGUUUCCCUCAUCUGUCAUUCGCCCGGUUUUCCUUCACUUCCCCCUUAGAAUUACUCCUCCGUGAAGCGAGAAGGUGGUCGCCACCGGCUUUCCCGGCGGGGUCCUUGCUGCGGGCCGGGGCCAGCGCCGCCGCCGUGAGGGAGCCCACAGCUUCCCGCCUUUUUCCCGGCGGGGGCCGCGCCCGUGAGGGGAGGCGGCGCAGCGAGACCUGGCCCGGGCCGCGGCCUCCGGAGCGCUCUCCGCCGCCGUCGCGGAGCGCUGUUUACCUUCCGGGGCGGCGGGGCGGCGUUCCGGGGCGGAGCGUAUGCGCUGGCCGGCCCGGCUCUGGGCUGUGCGGGAGGAGGGAGCGGGUCCGGCGGACGGAGGGUGAGAGCCCCGCGGCCACCAUGAGUGGUUCACAAAACAAUGACACUAAAAGACAGUUUCUUCUAGAGCGGCUGCUGGAUGCAGUUAAACAGUGUCAAAUACGAUUUGGAGGAAGAAAAGAAAUUGCUUCAGACUCCGAUAGCAGAGUCACUUGUUUGUGUGCUCAGUUUGAAGCUGUGUUACAGCAUGGCCUGAGGAGGAGCCGGGGAUUAGCGCUGACAGCAGCCGCGAUCAAACAGGCAGCAGGUUUCUCCAGUAAAACUGAAACAGAGCCAGUGUUUUGGUACUAUGUGAAAGAAGUUCUGAAUAAACAUGAACUACAGCGCUUUUACUCCCUGAAGACAAUUACUACAGAUAUUGGUAGAGGCCGGGCUUGGUUGCGCUGUGCAUUAAAUGAACAUUCCCUGGAAAGAUAUGUUCAUAUGCUGCUUGCAGAUAAGAAUCGACUCAGUGUCUUCUAUGAAGACUGGUCUUUUAUGAUGGAUGAAGAACGUUCUAGUAUGAUCCCUACGAUGGCAGCUGGUCUGAACUCCAUUCUUUUUGCAAUCAACAUUGAUAAUAAGGAUUUAAAUGGGCAGAGUAAAUGCACACCCACCGUGUCUGAUUUGUUAAAGGAAUCAACGCAAAAUGUAACCUCACUAUUGAAAGAAUCCACUCAGGGUGUCAGCAGCCUUCUUAGAGAGAUAACUGCAUCAUCUGCUGUCUCCAUUCUAAUAAAACCUGAUCAAGACACUGACCCGCUUCCUGUUCUCUCAAAGAAUGUAAAUGCUGAUUUGAAAUAUAAAAGAGAUAGAAAAAAGAAGAAGAGAGUGACAAAUAUUAUCUCAUUUGAUGAAGAGGAAGAUGAGCAAAAUUUGGGGGAUGCCACGAAGUCUCCAAUUACAGGAGAAAGUUCAGAAGAGAGUGUAGACAGAUCUUCAGGUUUUGCAUUGCCCUCGUCUGAAAGCUCACUUGGAAAAAAUUUUAACGGGAAUGAAAGUAACCAUUCGUGGAAGAGCAAUUCAGUAUUGAUGAAUGGAGAAUAUGAUUACCAGAAACUAGAUGUGAAGAGCAUUGAUGAUGAAGAUGCAGAUGAGGGUGACCUAUAUGGAAAAACGUUAGGAAGUAAAGGCACAGAAGGUGAAACUGAAGCUUCUGAAAAGCCUCAUGAAAUAGGCACGUGCAAUUCUCAGAUAUGCAGUUGGACUCCUCUGCAGGUCCUGAAUGAUGACUCAGAUGUUCUAUUUCCUGUCAGUGCUGUUGGUUCUUACUCCCAAACAGAUAACUUGGAGAAUGGAGAACAUGUUAUUCAUGCGGUAGAAGUGGUUCCAAGAAGAUCUGAUCUUCCUUACAGAGUGGAAGCCAGUCCUCCAGCUCAAGUUAAUACUUUAAGCAAUAUGUUGCCUUCAGCCACUGUGCCAGAAUCCAUGACAAUUAAUGAACUUCGUCAAGCUAUUGUGGCCAUGAUGAAUAGAAAGGAUGAACUGGAAGAACAGAAUAGAUCUCUGAGAAAUCUGCUUGAUGGAGAGAUGGAGCAUUCUGCAGCGCUGAGGCAGGAAAUGGACAACUGGAGAAGAAAAGUAGCAGAACAGGAAGAGCGACAUGCCACCAAAGUCCAAGCCUUGGCACGAGAAAAUGAGGUACUAAAAGUGCAACUUAAGAAAUAUGUAGGUGCUGUCCAGAUGCUCAGAAGAGAAGGUCAAACAGUGGAAGUUCUGCCGAACAUUUGGAACACUGAUGGUGAAUUUACUAUUCCAGAGCAAAAGCAAGUAGAAAACAAUGAGGAACUAGCCAGCUCUUACGAAAGAAAAUUGAUUGAGGUAGCUGAGAUGCAUGGGGAACUGAUUGAAUUCAAUGAGAGGCUGCACCGUGCUCUAAUGGCUAAAGAAGCUCUUGUGUCCCAGAUGAGACAAGAACUAAUUGAUUUGAGAGGGCCAGUCCCUGGAGAUUUGAGUCAAACUUCUGAAGAUCAGAGUUUGUCAGAUUUUGAAAUAUCAAAUCGUGCUCUUAUUAAUGUUUGGAUUCCCUCAGUCUUUCUGCGUGGAAAAGCUGCUAAUGCAUUCCAUGUUUAUCAGGUUUAUAUUAGGAUAAAGGAUGAUGAAUGGAAUGUUUAUCGAAGAUACGCGGAGUUCAGAAGCUUGCAUCAUAAAUUACAGAAUAAAUACCAGCAAGUGAGGACUUUUAACUUUCCACCAAAAAAGGCCAUUGGAAACAAGGAUGCAAAGUUUGUUGAAGAGCGCCGCAAGCAGCUACAAAAUUACCUAAGGAAUGUAAUGAACAAAAUUAUUCAAACUGUGCCAGAAUUCACAGCCAAUCCCAAAAAAGAGACUCUUAUUCAGCUGAUGCCCUUUUUUGUUGAUAUCCCACCUUCUGGAGAACCAGUAAGUAAAAGCAAUCGCUCGAGAGGGACUACGCGCUUCCCCAAACUAUCUCGCAGCCAUCAAAGAGAGCCACGAAGCCUGGAACCUCAGAGUGGUGAUCUUUGACCCUUUUUCGUAAUUGUGAAUAUCGGCACCACGUACUUUAAGUUGUUCUGUGAUUCCUUCCUAGCCUGUAUUUAUAAUUUAAGCUCCUGAAGAGACUACAGCUGCAUCAUCUUAAAUCCUGAAAAGAGACAUUCAUUACUAAGGGUCAUAUCCUGAUUAACUACUUUUGAAGGCAGUAAUCACUUUCUCAAAAGAAUACGAGGGCUCUUCACGAGGGCUCAGCAAACUGAUAGGCAUUUUCUUUAUUUUAUAAAGCUGCAUUGCACAUAUUCUCCUUUGUGUUACUAUGAAUUCCUUGUUUGUAUUGUGUUGUCUCCCUUUCUACAUGUACAGUUUUCUGUUCCAGAGAGACAUGGGUAUCAUGUCAAGACAAUUUUUUUUCCUUAGAAGAACAGUUAUGAUUAUCACUACUUAACAUGUCAGAAAGAUGUGCUCAAAAGAACCUCACUAAUUUAUUACCUUUUGUAAAUAGAAAGACUGAGUUUUUUUUAUUGUAAACCUCUGACACACAAAGUUCUUUAAAAUCUUGACAAAGUAGACGACAAGGGAAAAACAUUACAGGUGGAAAAUAGCUUUUGUACAUUUCUAGUUAGAUAUUCUCAAUAGCUUUCAUUUGUGGGAACUAAUUCUUUAAAAUCAGAGAAUGUAAUAAUUUUUAGUGGAAUUUCAGUCUUGCUGUAUGGCUGGGUGCAAUAUUACUGAUUUCUACAAACCGCCACAAGGAUGUACAAAAUUAGCAUGGUACAAAAUGGUGUUUUCAAGUCUUGGGUUAUAUUUUGUUACUAAUUUGUUGCUAAUGUUACAGAACAGUUCAUCAUUAACAGGGCAGUGUGGAAUUCUUCCUCUGAUUUUAUAAAACCCUUCACAUGGUGAUACUUAAAAAUUGCCUGUAAUGAAAGUGCCUGUUACCCAUCACCUCUUAUUGAAAAGUCAUUUGUAAUGGUACUAUUGUAAGAGUAACUAAAAAAAUUGACAAGAAUUAUUACAAGUGAUGGAAGUCUUGACACGGAUUAACUGGAAUCCAGUUCAGUAUCCAUUAGCUGCGCUGCCGUAGGCAGUUAAUUAUAUGUUAGCUAUCUUUUUCUCUUCAUUAAGUUUAAGCAGUGUACAUUCAAAUUCUCUAUCAAUUGUAUUGUGGUUUUCCUUUGUGUAAGAACAUCUUUCUUCUCAGAAGUUUUUUUGGAUAAUGUUACUUAAAUUGAUGUAUCUUGUAAUUUUAUUAUCCAUUCAUUCUAUUAAAUUCUCACGUCAGUAGAUACUGAAAUCUAAUAUUACCCUGCAGAAAAAACAAGCUGAUUUAAUAACAGAUCUUUUCCCUCAGUGCUAUACUAAAGUUGUAGCAAACUGGAACUUCUGUUCUGCAAACCUCUGACCAUUAUAUAUUGGGCAGGCAGGUAAGUGGCCUGGUUGUUUUCUGUGGCACUUUUUGAGCGAGCAGGGGUUUGUUGCACACAGGGAGAAGCAUCAGUGGGUCAGUGUCAGGUAUGAGCCCCACGUGCUGGGUUCCUGCCAUCAAAAUAGGUAGCUGACAGCUUGCACUGAAUAGAAAAAUGUGGUGAAGAGGAGUGGGAUUCACUCUUCAGGUCAGAAAUUUUAGUAGAUUAAAUACCACAAAGUAAAAUCAUGUCACAGAAAUGAAGCAGUAUUUUUUAGUCAGUAAGAGACCUCAUUUACGAAAUAAAUAGAUAAACAGAAAAUCCAAAAGGCCAGCCUGGGAUCUAGCUGAUUUGUUUUUAUUAAAGAUGAAUUACUGUUGGUGUUUUGUGUAAACUACAGUGGGACAUUUAUUUAAGAAGAAAGGAAAGUGAGUAGCUUGUCAGUUAAUUCUUCUCCAAACUCAUCAGUCUGAUAUCCUGAUAAUAGUUUAGUUUGGCUUUGUUGGAAAGAAAAGUAGCUAUAAUGAUGGUCCUACUUUGAAACAAUUCUAAAUUCAUUUUUUCACAUUUUUAGACACAUAUCUAUUAACAUUGAAUUGCAAGUAAAUCUGAAAGAAAACACUAUGUGGAAACCUUUGUGAUGUAUCCGUUUCUUACAUGAAGCUGUAUUCAUUUUCAGGAAAUAAUUCACAAAUUAAAGCACUCCUUAUUCAGAAAGUUGCAAAUGGUAAGAAAUCUCACUUAGUACAGACUAAAUUUAAAGUACUUUUUUUUUUAGUUGUUUAGAAGGAAUUUUUUGUAUCUAUGUAUCUCAAAAUUAUUUCAUUCCUGAUUAUCUUGCGUCUUGUAAUUUUUAAUGUAUGUAUGUAGAUCACAUAAAAAUACUAAACUUGUUUACUGUGUACAAAUCGUUCUUUGUUAACUUUAGCUGAAUUGCGUAUCAGCUCCUAAGAUUACAGUCUCCAAACAACAUUCACUUUGUGAUACGAGAUACCGUAAUGGGUCCAUUACUAAUCCAUUUAAAAGCUCAUCUGUGGUUUCUCUAAAAUCUCGGAAAAUAAUUAAAUGAAAGCUUUUUUUCACAAGAUAGCUUUCCUGCUUUAUGCACCUGGUUAUUGUGAAGAUCAGUGAGGUACUUGCUUGACUGCAAGUAGAUACCUAGUGAUAGGAAUGCCCACAUUUUUAGCACCUCAAGACAUUCUGAAAUGCCCUGUCUUUGAGAGAAUUGUACCUGUCUGUCACAAAUCCCACUUCUUUUGUUUAUUUACCAGAAUCAGCAAAGACUGUAGAAGAAGGUUGGUCAGCUUGUAUUAAGAAUCCCACAUAGUUAUAAAUUAUAGUUAUAUAUUCUUAUAAAAUACCUGUAACGAUGAUGCUAUCAAUUGAAUGAUUUUAUCUGUUUAUCUUAUGUCACCUAAUUCCAUUCAUGUAGUUACAAUUUUUGUACAAACCGAAUUUCCCUUGGUACUGACUGAUAGCUCUUGGAUCCUUACAUGUGGUCAGUGGCUGGUGCCCCUUUGGUUGAUGGGUUCAGCCAGUUCUCCUUGGCUCCAUAAACAGUCCCGUAAUCACAGAACAGAGGCGGGGAGACAGCUGGUCCCUGGGGCUGUUCCUGGGGCUACGGCCUGGGAUGAGACAGCAGAGGGGCAUUUGUAAUAUUGUUUCCAUUUCACUCCUGUUUUGUCUUUAGACAUAUUAGGUCUCUAGGACUGCUCAUCUGGAACCUUUAGUGACUAUUCAAAAAAAUUGGUAAAAAUAAGUGGCAUUACUUUUUUAUGCUGUUCUCCAAUCACAUGCAAAAUGAACAAUUUCCAAAGAAACACGGGGCAGGCAAGACUCUUCCAUCUUCUGCUGGUGUAAUCGUCAGCAUUCAUUGUAUAUUGACUAUGGCUUUUCAGAAUCUCAUUUAUUUAGAGAUUCUGUCAUUCACUAUAGAAAAUGCAUUGUAUCGAUUUAGCUUUUGCAUUAAAUCAACUUUCUCAAUAAUAAUAAUAAAAUUCCAAGGUUUAUAUGAGGCAGGAUAUUGACAUAGUUAUAAACAAUAUAGUAAAUAACUAUUGACAUAGUUAUUUAAGCCAUAUUUAGGUUAUGGCUUAAAUUGAUACGUCCAUUAAGUCACAUACUCUUAGGGAGAUUAAUAAUUUCAAAGCCAGUCUUUUUUAUGGAAUUGUUGAUGUGAUAGUUGUAAUCAAAUUAUAUUAUCUUACAGAAUCUACUGCAAGUCAUAAACCAUUGUGAUUGGAUUAAUACAAGUAUUUAAAGAAAGGGCAUAAUGGUAUUAAAGAUCACUGGCUCAAAAUUGUGACCUAUUGCUAAGCUGCAUUUCUUUGUUAUAAAGCCAUGUUUUAUUGUAUGGAACAAUAUCUGCAUGGUAGCUGUCAAAUUAAUAAGAACCUACUAACAAAUGGGGUUGACUGACUCAGAGCAGCAAGCUAAUAAUAAAUGAGACUUGGUGAGCCCCAAGAGAACAAAUGAUACUGUCUGUCAGGACACAUUAAUGAUUUAAGAACAGGAUAUUUUGUUAACAGAAUCAGUUAUUAGUACUUUCAGAUAUGGAUGUUGGUUUUUUUGCUUCAAAGCACACAGGGAUCUCAGUUCUGCUGUAUGCCUCAUGCCAUUCCAAAGGCUCAAACCUCCCACCCCCAAACAUUUUUUAUCUAAUAUCUUGAACAUCUGAGGACAGAUGUUAUAUACCUGUGGACAGAAACACAGUUACCUGCUUGAAACUACUAUGAGAAACCUGUGGAACAGCUGUUUAAAAGAAAGCAAAAGACUUUUUACUAAAUUCUGCUCCUAUAUGCCCUUGACAACAACACUGUGCUCAUCUAGCUGGAACUCUACCAUAUAUGAAAAUAAACCUUGUUUAACAUAUUUAUUUAACACAAUUUUCUCCUUGGAAACAAUAAUACUACUUCUGUGUUGGAGCUUGAAUCACUUCUGGAGAUGUGGUCAAACUCAAGAAAGUAAAGACUUUAUCUCCUUCAAUUUCUGUAGGUUAGCAUAUUUCAGUCAGCACUCUGCAUCACAUGGAAUAUUAAUUUGAUUAUUUAGCAAUUUCAGUAGUUUCUUACCAUUAUGUAUCGAAAGAAUCACUUUAAUAUAUGAAAUUAUACAUAUGAAAUGUAGAAUACAGUUUAAAAUAUCAGUUAACCUGCUUUGUAUUUCAGAUAUUGAAUGGCAGAUAAAAAACAGUGGUCCAAUACUUACAUUUCAUUUACUUCUUAUUCUGCACUAACUGUGCUUUUUUGGUCCAGUUAUAGAUAACUUAGAUUAUUUAUAAAAUUUUGUUUUAAAAAAUAGUCAGAGCAUACUUCUAGUUAAUAAUGGCUUAGUUUUUUGUUAAUAAUGGCAUGAAUCUAUACUAGAAAACAGUACUGAAAUGUUUAGAGAGGAAUUAAUUUUCCAGAUUUACAAAUUGCUGCAAAUAUCUGGAUUUAAAAAAAUAUUUUUUGUUGCACCUAAACAACUGUAUUGCACUUCCAUGUGGGGGGAAUCAGUUUCUUUAACAAGAUUUCAGAAAUGACGUCCAUGCCACGACAGACGCUAAACUGUGGUAGUUGUUUUUUUGAGUUGGAAUAUUAAUUAUUUAAGAUACUAAAAAUCAUAGGUAAAUGUGGUUUAAAAUCUAAUUCUGAAAGGCUACGCUUUCUUUCUUACUUAACACUGAGAUAAAUAACUAAGUAUUUUGUAUGUGGGACCAAACCUGUUGACAACUGAAGAAGUUGGAUUUCCCUUUUGAUUUGGGGGGGAAUUUUUUUGUUGUUGUUCCUGUUAAUCUGUAGGAAAGAUAGUAUUAAUUCUGUAGCAUAUAUAUGUACAGUAUUCACAAAAGUAUUAAUAAACUGUUCGUAAUAUUAUUUUAACUUGUUAUGCUAAUGUUUACAUUAUAGAAUUUUUAACCAAAUGUGUAUAUAUAUAAUUUUCUAAAUACCUUCUUGUAUUUUUUUUUAAAUAUCCUGUGGUAAUUUUGUUGUAAUCUGGUUGAAAUAUACUACUUUACAAAGAGGAAAAUAAAAUAACAUCUUUUCUUGUUUGAAA